GCAAGCCCAAAAUAGAAUUAAUGCGGACAAUUUUAAUGUUUUACAACUACUUGGACAUGUUUUUUAGAAAUUUUACAUCCCCAAAAAUACGACUGACUUUAAAAGGAAUUCUUCUGCCAGAUAUUGGCACGCAAAUUUUAUACGAAGGCGACAAACAUCUUGAUAUGCAAUUGACAAAUUGGUCUAAUGUUGAUAAAGCUUUAAUGGCAUUUGUAAAAGAGAAAAAAAGUUAUUUUCAACUGGAUAAUCAUGAUAAAGUAUACUUUAUAUCUCAAACUUGCUACGGUAAAGCGCAUGUAGGAUUUAGAGAGCCUGACGACGACAUUUGUAACAAUCCAUCAUCUCCCAGAGUAGCUGCUGUAGUUCAAGGAGAUUUGCAAACUUAUCAUAUUCUUCACUUGAAUUAUUUAGCUAAAUCCUUCGGUGGAAUUGAUGAAAGAAAUGAUUUAUGCUUUGGAAUCAUGCACUAUAAUUCAAAGUGGGUACACCCAGUACCUUUAGUAUGGUCUUCUUGUUCUAUUGAAAAACUAUCUCAAUAUUUCAAUGAAAAAGAUUGCUCCUGGUUCAGAAAAAACAAACCAUCUUUAUCAACAGAAAUCAAAGACCCAAAAGAUGACCGCCUGCGUUCGGAAAUUGAAUCUGAAGUCCGGCCUCGAAGUUUAUAUGAACUUGAUGAAGAAUCACAAGUCGGUGUCGCAAUUAAUGUAACAUAUGGACUUGACUCAAAAACUUUGGUUUGUUCUUGUAUUUCUUAAAAAAUAAAAUUUAUUUUAAA